CUUUCUGCUUGCUUGCUGCACUUAAUUGGAUCACUGCAAACUAUUAUGCACUUUUGCUUUAAGAUAUAUAUUUCCCCCUAACUUGUGGAUACAUGUGCUCUGUCUCUUGGGCCCUGGUCUAUAUAUAGGUUCUGUGGCCUUGUUAGGAAGUGCACCACCCAAGAUGGAAUUAAGGAGUUUUGUGGAUAUUUUUUGUUGAAGGAAAAAAGAGGAUUUGAAUAAGCUAUGUCAGUAGAAUUAUUGGGCUUUGUGAAGGCCCUAAUAGGCAGGAUACCUUACUAAAUGGUCCCAGAACCUCCUUUUUACAUUGAAGGGCUAAUGUACUGGGCCUUUCAUGCAUUACAAUGUCUUCCCUGUAGUUGCAGUGCUGUCAAAUGAAGAUGUUGUGCUGCUGGAUUUAAAACAGAUCUCAAGCUACUGCUGUGAUUUCUCUUCAUUUUCUGACCUGAAAGAACAUUUAGAGAAAGAGGAAGAAAUGGCAGUGUCUCAGGCCUCUGUGACCUAUGAAGAUGUAACUGUGAUAUUCACUCAAGAGGAGUGGGCACUAUUAAAGCCUUCAGAGAAGCAAAUCUACAGAGAUGUCAUGUGGGAAAAUUUCAGGAACAUUCUUUCAAUAGGAGAAUUACAAAAGGACCAUUCUACCAAAGAGCAGCAUAACUCCCAGAGGAGUAAACAAAGCUCUAGAGUGGUGAAUAUCUCUGAAGGCAAAGAAAGUGAAAAUAGUCUGAAGCCUCAAGAAUGUGAAGUAUACAACAAACUACUCACUUAUUCUAGUCAUCUUCAAAGACAUGAAACAACUAACAGUCUACGGAAACCCUAUGAAUGUAAACAAUGUAGUCAAAAAUUUAGUUGUUCCAGUCAUCUUCAGAAACAUGAAAGAACUCACAAAGGAAGGAAACUCUUUGAAUGCAAACUAUGUGGUAAACUAUUAAGUUGUUCUAGUUCUCUUAAAAAACAUGAAAGAAUUCACAGUGUAGACAAACCCUAUGAAUGUAAACUAUGUAGUAAAACAUUUAGUACCUCUAGCCAUCUUAAAUAUCAUGAAAGAACUCACAGUGGAGAGAAACCUUAUGAAUGUAAACAAUGUGGUAUAAGAUUCAGUUGUUCCAGUUCUCUUCAGGCACAUGAAAGAACUCACAGUGGUGAGAAACCCUAUGAGUGUAAACUAUGUAGUAAAGCAUUUCGUCGUUCCGGUCAUCUUCGUAGACAUGAAAGAUCUCACAGCGGAGAGAAGCCCUAUGAAUGUAAAGAGUGUAAUGUAAGAUUCAGUUGUUCCAGUUCUCUUCAGGCACAUGAAAGAAUUCACAGUGGAGAGAAACCCUAUGAAUGUAAACUAUGUAGUAAAACAUUCAUUACAUAUACCCAUCUUAGAUAUCAUGAAAGAACUCACAAUGGACAGAAACCUUAUGAAUGUAAACAAUGUAGUAAAAGAUUCAGUUGUCCCAGUUACCUCCAGGCACAUGAAAGAGCUCACAGUGGAGAGAAACCCUAUGAAUGUAAACUAUGUAGUAAAACAUUCAUUCAUAGCAGUAAUCUUCGUAGACAUGAAAGAACUCACAGUGGAGAGAAACCGUAUGAAUGUAAACACUGUAGUAAAAUGUUCAGGACAUCCAGUCAUCUUAGGUAUCAUGAAAGAAUUCACAGUGGAGAGAAACCCUAUGGAUGUAAACAAUGUAGUAAAUCAUUUAGUACAUCCAGUCAUCUUAAAUAUCAUGAAAGAACUCAUAGUGGAGAGAAACCCUAUGAAUGUAAACAGUGUGGUAAAAGAUUCAAUUGUUCCAGCACUCUUCGGUCACAUGAAAGAACUCAUAGUGGAGAGAAGCCUUAUGAAAAUAGUAAUGCUUACAGUUGUUCCACUGCUCUGUGAACACAUGAAAAUAUUCACAGUGGAAGUCAAUCUUUUGAACAUAAAUUGAAUACUAAAGGCUGGAAAGAGAGAGAGAAUCUGAGAGAUAAUAUACUAGUGGUUUAAUUCUAAAAAUAAUAGCUCCCAGAUAUAAGUUUCAGUACAAUGUGUACCAGAAUGAUAUUGUUUUAUUGUCUCUCACUCUUGUGUUAAUAAAUAGCUAUUUUUAAAAUAA